GUCACAUGACCUGGAAACAUGGCCGCUUCAGAAAGCUGAGAAAGCUAUCGAGCAAUAACAAUUACUUUGAACAGCACAAGUACUUAUCUAUAGGAAGACGGCGGUUUACUUUACGGAAAUCUGGGAGCCUCGUGGGUAUGAAGUAGCUUUACCGCGUUUGCUGAAGUUCCUCUUUGCUGCUGGAGACCAUGAAGCUGCGUGUCCAGCUGCAAUGCAAGAACCUGCAUGAAUACCUGAAGGAGCUGAGUCCGGAGAUUUUGGACAGACUCUACAACCACCCAGCGACAUGCCUGGCUGUGUACAGGGAACUCCCCUCUCUAGCAAAGAAUUAUGUGAUGCGCAUGCUGUUCCUGGAUCAGCCUCUCCCCCAGGCAGCUGUGGCAUUGUGGGUAAAGAAAGACAGUCAGAAGGACCACGAUGAAUGUGUCUCAGUGUUGGCUGGUCUCCGCCUCUGGCACAGUCAGCAGCUGCAGGGUGGUCUGCAGGGAUACAUUUUAAAUCCGGUGUUUAAAGACAACCUGAGGACAGCUUUGCUCGGGGGGGGGCGAGCUUGGGCUGAUGAGGGCAGCACGCUGGGCCCUGACCGCCAUGCACGAGACAUUGAGAGUCUUGACCGCUAUGCUAUGGAGCGCUGGGAGAUCAUCCUGCAGUUUAUGGUGGGUUCUCCCAGCGCUGUCAGCCAGGACCUGGCACAGCUUUUGGUUCAAGCAGGCCUCAUGAAAAGUGAAGCAGGAGAGGCGCCCUACAUCACCUCAGCUGGCUUCCAGUUCCUCCUUCUGGACACAGCCUCUCAGCUAUGGUACUUCACCUUGCAGUACCUCAAAACUGCUCAGUCCAGAGGGAUGGACCUGGUGGAGAUCUUGUCAUUCUUAUUCCAGCUCAGUUUCUCUAGUCUGGGCAGAGAUUACUCGGUGGAGGGUAUGAGCGAGUCAUUACUGACUUUUCUGCAGCACCUGCGAGAGUUUGGACUGGUGUUCCAAAGAAAGAGGAAGUCCAGGAGAUAUUAUCCCACCAGGCUGGCAAUCACUCUGGCUGCAGGAGUCGCCAGCAGCUCCUCCUCCUCUAACCUGGCUUCCAGUCCUGGUACUGGAGAUGCAGGUUUCAUUGUGGUGGAAACCAAUUAUCGUAUCUAUGCCUACACAAAUUCAGAACUUCAGAUUGCUCUGGUGGCUCUCUUCAGUGAAAUGCUCUACCGCUUCCCCAAUGUAGUUGUGGCUCAGCUGACAAGGGAGUCUGUGCAACAGGCUAUCGCCAACGGAAUCACUGCACAGCAGAUUAUCCAUUUUCUGAGGACCAGAGCUCACCCUGUCAUGCUCACUCGGACCCCGGUGCUGCCUCCAACUAUAACAGACCAGAUCAGACUGUGGGAGCUGGAGAGAGAUCGCCUGCAGUUCACAGAGGGUGUGCUCUAUAACCAGUUCCUCUCCCAGGCUGACUUUGAGGUUCUGCGAGACAGAGCUCAGGGCCUGGGCUGUCUGGUGUGGCAGGAUGUGGCCCACAGAGUGAUGGUGGUGACACCACAGGGACACAGCGAGGUCAAGAGGUUCUGGAAACGUCAGCGAUCUCACACGUAAACGGAGGAGGAGAAAUGUGGCUUUUCUUGCUUUCCACUACCAUCACCGUUGUUAGUACGAUAGGAAAGUGAAGAUGACUUUGUAUUUUUUUACAACAUGCUAGCAUCUGAGUAUUAAACUGAACAGUUUCUGCUCAUGCUUUCCUUUUUGAGUAGCUGUGUGUAUCCUAUACUCAGAAUCAGGUUUUGAUUACUGAGUUCUCGAAGACACCCUUUGGACUCUAAGUACUACAAAGUACUGUGGAACAGCCACUGUAAAUAAUCGUAUAACUGGUGGAGUUACAGUGAAAAAGCUGACAGCAAUAAUGGAACCAAACUCAGAAGAUUAAUUUGUAAGAAGCCAACUUUAUUAAUUGAUCUGUUUGGUGUUGUGACCUGAAAACUAAGUGCAUGGCUCAAAGACACCCUGUACACACUGGAUAAGGAUUGUGGCUUUUUAUAUUUUUGAGUUCAGAAUAAAAGUUGUUGAAUUAUA